UCUCUAAUAAUAUUUAUUUUGCUUUAUUUCAAUUAAAACUAAAUAAUUGUGCUUUUAAACUUUGCUUUAUAUUUUAUCUAAAAAAUAUUAUUAAACAGUGUCUUUACUGAUUCGACGACCAACAGUUUUCAAUGAUAGAAUAUAUAUGAAGUAUCAAAAAGAAAGCUACUUUUGAUGGCUGCAUCAUCUGCUAAAAAUCCGAAACCAAAUUUUAAAGAAAUCGACUUUCAAGAUAUAGAGGACCGUGAACUAGUAGGAAGAGGAUCUUUUGGAACAGUUUAUAAAGCUAAGUGGAAAGACAAAUAUGUUGCAGUUAAAGAAUUCGAUGUUUUGGCUGAUAAGAAAGCGAUCGAAACGGAGAUAAAACAACUCUCUAGAGUAGAACAUCCAAACAUAAUAACUCUCUAUGGUGUUUCAGUUACGAAAACUGCUAUUAAUUUAAUAAUGGAAUAUGCUGAAGGUGGCUCACUUUAUAACCUACUGCAUGGACCACAUCAACCAAAGUAUACAGCAGCUCAUGCAAUGAGUUGGGCUCGCCAAUGUGCAGAGGGCGUCGCUUAUAUGCAUGGGAUGAAACCAAAGCCGUUGAUUCAUCGUGACUUAAAACCUCCAAACCUAUUGCUUUUUAAUUAUGGCAGAUGUCUUAAAAUAUGUGACUUUGGAACUGUAGCUGAUAAGUCAACUCAAAUGACUAACAGCAAAGGAAGUGCCGCAUGGAUGGCUCCAGAAGUUUUUGCUACAUCAAGUUAUACUGAAAAGUGUGACGUAUUUAGUUGGGGCAUAAUUUUAUGGGAAGUUUUAACUAGAGAAGUGCCAUUUGCUAAAAUGCAGAAUGCUCAUACAUUAUCGAUAAUGUGGCGUAUACAUAAGGGUGAUCGACCAGAUUUAAAUCGAUUUAUUGGCUGCCCCCAACCAAUUGAAGCAUUAAUGAAACAAUGUUGGGAUCCUGAACCAUACAAGCGUCCCGCAAUGAAACAGGUUGUUGAGUUAAUGAGGUCCCUUUGUAGUCAUUUACCUGGUGAUGAUGAACCAGUUGAUUGCAAUUCCGAUACAGCUAGUAACAAUGAAAGCGCCUACACUUUAGAAACAAACGAUGAUAAUAUCAGCACUAUAAGUAAUAAUGAACCAUUUUAUGAAAAUUUACCAAAUCCAUUAUAUGAUGAUAGUGUUAAUAAUACUAAUAGUGAUUCUCUAAAUUCAAACGAAAAUAACAGUAACGAAUAUCCCAGUAGUAUUUUUAUUGAUUUAAUUGGUUUACAAAUAGAAUCACCAAAUUGGUUAGCUACAAAUAGAAUUAAAUGUGAUAAUAAAAAGUCAGAUGAUAAAGCGUCUAGUACUACCUCAGAAGAACAAAACCAAAGUUCAUUAAAUAAUUCUGUAAAAUAUGUUUCAAAUAAGCCACAAACUCAACCACUACAAAUUCAACAAGAAAUUGAACCAUCUCAACCAGACAUAAAUUAUUUACCGACUAAUAUGACUGAUAGAGAAAUUAAAGCUAGGAAUGAAUCAAUUAGAAAUAAAAUAUUAAAAUCGAAAACAAAACCUUUAAAUUCAUUAUCUGUAGAAGUGGAUCCAAAUGCAUGGGAUUUAAGUAAAGAAAAUAUGUCACAUUUUUAUUCAGACUUAUCAAAAAAUGAUGGUAAGGAACGAUUAACAAUAACCGAAACGAAAGCCGUUCAUAAUAGAGAUGAUGAUUCAACAAUUAGAACAUCAUCUUUAAUAUCACAUCAGCAACAUCAUAAUAUAAAUACACAAUGUGGUAGUGGGGUUAGCGCCACUAAUAGUUCCGGUGUUCGUGUUUCAAUAGUCGAUAAUCAAACAUCAGAUGGUUACGAUGAUGAUUCUAAUAUUGAUGAUGCAGAUGAAUCAUAUCAUUUAAUAUUAGAUUCUGAACUUCAACCGGAAACACCAGAUCCAAAUAAUAAACUAUCACAAAAAAUAUUUAAAGAACAUAAAAAAUUAGCAAAAGAAUAUUUACAAGUUGAUGAAGAACUUUAUUAUGCUAACGCUGAAAAACAAAAAUUAUUAGAUUCAAUGGAACCAGAAGAACGAAAUCGAAAAUUACAAUUUAUUAAAAAAGUGGCUGAGAAGAAAGAGCUAGCAGAACUGAAACAGUAUUUGCAACAACAAUUGGAAGAAUUAAGAGAAUUGCAAAGAAUGCAAGAAAUUGAACAGCAACAAAAUCAUCAACAGUUUUUGUUGCAACAACACCAACAACAAUUACAACAGCAUCAGUAUCAACGUCAACCAUCAAUUGAUUCAACUGACGAAAAUGGUUGGGUUGUUGUACCAGGUGACCGAGGUGGACAACCUAAAGAUCAAUUAUAGCAUGUUUUGCAUAUAUGAAACAAUAAAUCCUAUAAAUAUACACGAAAAUAUGUUGUUCGACUAAAUAUAUCAGCUGUGAUUCGAAAUUUUACAAUAAAAAUUAUUACAUAAUAUGUAAUAAUAUUGAAUUUUCUUCCCCAUUCUAUCUAUCUAUGUUUGUUUAUAGAAAAUA